AUGCGUCAUGGCCAGUUCUUGACCAGCUGGGCUGCUGUGCACGUCGCCGCAGCCGCCCUGCGCAUCCUCUCCCCCGGUUCAUGCCCAGGGUCCGGGGAGAUGCUUGUGAACCAAGCUUUUGCGACCACCCGGUCGAACGAGCUGAUCCGGCCGGUUGCUGCACGAACAGGGUUUGCAAGUCUGAUCGGUCAGUUUCCAUCGUCCGCAUCCGCGAACAGCUUGUCCUUGGCGGCCAGACAAAGCCCAGUGGACCCCCGCGCUCUGAAAGGUGUCGCACUCGGCCGCCGAAACUACUACUCCUAUCCGGGAGGGGAAUACUACGGCCAUGACUCCGGAAAGGGCUACUACAAUUCCGGCAAAGGCUCCUACAAUUCGGGCAAGGACUCGUACGAUUCUGGAAAGGACUACGAUUCAAGCAAGGACUAUGACUCGGGCAAGGAUUCGUACGAUUCGGGCAAGGACUACGAUUCUGGCAAGGACUACGAUUCUGGCAAGAGCUACGAUUCUGGCAAGGACUACGAUUCUGGCAAGGACUACGAUUCUGGCAAGAACUCGUACGACUCGCAGAAGAAACAUUCCGAAAAGAAGAGCUAUGAUUACGAGUCCGAAAAGAAGGAGGUCCACGACAAGCAAGAAUACGAGAAAAAAGAUUACGACUGGAGCUUUUACUAUUCAUCUUACAAGAACGGUAACGAUGUAGACAAAAAAGACUCGAAGAAGUAUUCAGACAAGAAGGAAUAUUACCAAUAUGACGGAGAGAAGGACUACAAAUAUGUCGGUAAAUACGACGAAAAGGAUUACAAAUAUGACGCAAAAUCCAGCAAGAAUGACUACAACUACGAGGGAAAAUCCGACGACAAGGACUACAAAUAUGACGGAAAAUACGAUGAGAAGGACAACAAAGAUGAAGAGAAACGCGACAAGAAAGACAACAAAGAUGACGGAAAAUACGAUGAGAAGGACAACAAAUAUGAAGAGAAACACGACAAGAAAGACAACAAAGAUGACGGAAAAUACGACUCGAAAGACGGCUCCAAAAAGUCCGGCGACUCGGACUACUCCGACAAAAAGGAAUACAAGGACGUCGGCAAAUAUUCCGAUGAUGGCAAGAACAACUAUUACAAAAAAUUCUCGAAAGAUGACUUCAAAAAAGAGAAGGAUUCGUACAAAAAUGGCAAGGACGGCGACUACAAGAAAGGUGACAAUGAUUACUCCCACAACUAG